AUGACAGAUAUGAAAGACUGUGUGGAGGAUGUAGAUGUUCUGGUUGUACUAGAUGGUUCUGAGAGUAUCAGUGCUGACAAAUUUACAGGAAUUAAAGAUGCCUUAAAGAUGAUGGUCACUGAUCUCAAUAUACGUGAGCGACCAACUAGAAUGGGAGUUAUCCUUUACAGUUCUACUAUCAGUACCGUUAUUCCCUUGUGCAGUGAUGAGAAGAAGCUCAUGGACGGUAUAUCCUCCCUUCAGCAACCCAUGGAGGGUACCCAGACACAUUUAGGUCUGGCGGAAAUGAAUAAAAUGUUUUCCAGAGAGGAAAGACCUGGGGUGCCUAAAGUAGGCAUCGUCAUCACCGACGGAAUGUCUAAGAAUAAAACAGCUACACUCGCAGAAGCUCGGCUAUCAGAAUUACAGGGCAUCCACAUGUUUGCUGUUAGUACAAAUGGUGAUGUAGAUAGAUCAGAACUUGAAACAAUUGCCACAUCUAAGAAUCGGGUACUUACUGUGGAUCAACUGCCCGAAAUAUGCCCACAUUUAAAGACCCUCCUCACAAAAUGUCCAGGUAUGUAG